CUCGCGUACUACUAUUGUGCGCUCCGCGCGUGUUCAGGAGCAAGAAGCCGGGGAGAGCUGCCGCUAACAGAUCCCCUCCUGGCCAGCAUCCCUCCACACACUCCUUCCUGUAACACUUGACCUCACCUCAGGGCCAGCAGAGAGAGCCCACUGUUAUCCAACACACUGUACUGCAACCACUCCCGCCCUACAUUCAUCUUAACACACACACACUCACAAAGCUACUCGCUACACUCAUCACACACACCUGCCUCAUCAUGCUGAGCCAGGAGUUCUUGCAGAAGCUGGGGUUGCCAGAUCUGGAUAAUGUCAGUCAGUACGUCAGGGGUUUGUCCACCACCACGUUAGUCAGCAUGGGAGCAGUGGCCGCCGCGACGACCUACUACCUGGCAACACGGCCCAGGGCCCUCCCUCCUGUCUGCAACCUCCACAUGCAGUCAGUCGAGGUUCCGGGAGGAGAGCUGGUGCGUCGAUCAGCUCUGCUGGAUGGAGACGGUCACAUUACACAUUUCUAUGAGGAUGCCAGAACAAUGUAUGAGUUCUUCCUCAGAGGGGCUCGAGUCUCCAAUAAUGGUCCCUGUCUGGGCUCCAGGAAACCCAAACAACCCUAUGAAUGGAUGUCCUACAGAGAGGUAAUGGAGCGAACGGAGAAUCUGGGUUCUGCAUUUCUUCAUAAAGGACACUCCAAGACCACAGAUCCCUACAUCGGCAUCUUCUCUCAGAACAGACCAGAGUGGACCAUCACUGAGCUGGCAUGUUACACCUACUCUCUGGUAUCAGUCCCUCUAUACGACACACUGGGAACAGAAGCCAUCCACUACAUUAUAGACAAAGCCUCCAUCUCCACAAUAGUGUGCGACGUGGCAGAUAAAGCUAACCUAGUACUGGACUGUGUUAAGGACAGGAAACACACCGUGAAAACCAUCGUUCUAAUGGGGACCCCCAGUGCCGAGCUGGUGGACAGAGGGCAACAAGCUGGAAUCCACAUCCUCAGCCUGCAGGAGAUGGAGGCUAUCGGGAAAGCCAACCAUCACCAACCACUGCCUCCCCAACCUGAGGACAUGGCAGUCAUCUGUUUCACCAGUGGAACAACAGGAAAUCCAAAGGGAGCUAUGCUGACACACGGGAAUAUUGUGUCCAACUGCUCAGCCUUCAUCAAAAUAACAGAGGAUAACUGUCCAUUGUGUCCCAGUGAUGUCCACAUUUCAUACCUUCCAUUGGCUCAUAUGUUUGAGAGAAUAGUACAGGGAGUGAUGUUAGUGCAGGGAGCCAGGAUCGGAUAUUUCCAGGGAGACAUUCGUCUGCUGACAGAUGACCUGAACACACUGAAACCUACCGUGUUCCCUGUCGUACCCCGACUCCUAAACAGAAUGUAUGACAAGAUCUUUGGGCAGGCCAACACCUCUGUGAAGCGCUGGCUGCUGGGAUUUGCCUACAGGCGGAAGGAGGCAGAGCUGUUGAAAGGCAUCGUGAGGAGAGACAGCAUCUGGGAUCGACUCAUCUUCAGGAAGGUCCAGGCCAGCCUCGGAGGCCGCGUGCGUCUCAUGAUAACAGGAGCUGCUCCCGUCUCUCCUACUGUCCUCAGCUUCCUCAGAGCUGCAAUAGGCUGUCAGUUCUAUGAAGGCUAUGGACAAACAGAGUGUACAGCAGGAUGCACUUUGACCAUGCCUGGAGACUGGACCGCAGGUCACGUUGGAGCUCCUCUUCCCUGUAACUUAGUUAAACUGGUGGAUGUGGCUGAGAUGAACUACCUGGCUGUGAAUGGAGAGGGAGAGGUGUGUGUGAAGGGUCCUAACGUGUUCAAGGGCUAUCUGAACGACCCGGAGAAGACCGCAGAGACUAUCGAUACAGACGGAUGGGUGCACACAGGAGAUAUUGGGAAGUGGCUUCCGAAUGGCACGCUGAGGAUCGUGGACAGGAAGAAGCAUAUCUUUAAGCUGGCGCAGGGGGAGUACAUCGCUCCUGAAAAGAUAGAGAAUAUCUACACAAGGAGCGAUGCAGUGGCGCAGGUCUUUGUGCACGGGGACAGUCUGCAGGCGUGUCUGGUAGCAGUGGUGGUUCCUGAUCCUGAGUUCCUGUCUGGCUGGGCCAAGAGGACCCUGGGACUGAAUGGCAGCUACAAAGAACUAUGUGGCAGAGCGGAAGUCAAGGCAGCCAUCUUGGAGGACAUGUUGCGGCUGGGCAAGGAAGGAGGCCUCAAGUCCUUUGAGCAGGUGAAGGAUAUCUGCAUCCACACUGAGAUGUUCUCAGUCGAGAACGGCCUGCUCACUCCAACGCUGAAGGCCAAGAGGAAUGAAAUGCGACAACACUUCAGAUCCCAGAUAGAUGAGCUGUACACUGGGAUCAACAUGUAGAAGAAGAGAGAGGGGGGAGCUCUACCAAAGGUCUUUAGAUAGAGAGCAAAGGAAGAGAGAGAGGGAGUACAAGGCAAAGUCCUCCUCACAGACCAAAAGGAUCAUCAGCCUGUUUAGACCUCAUGACCAGUAACAUUAGAAACAACAGGAGCAGCAGGUAAUGUAGCUGUUAAUGGAACUCAAAGCCUUUAGAACAAAAUGAAUGAUAUAUAACAUCUAUGGCGCAGCAUAAACCGUCUCUGUGGGUGCAGAGUAGAUUUUAUGCAUAAAAUGAUUGUGUCCAUCGAUCAAAUCGUUUUUCCUAAGCUAUGUAGAGUACAAAUUAUGUGAUCAUUUGUUGAUUCUAAUCAGCUAUGUUGUGAUAUUAUCUGCAUUAAGGGCAUUUUAAAGGGAAAUAUCAAAGUGCAGCUCUGUAGCAUCAGUAAGACCUCAAUAUCAUGAACCACACACAAUACCUCUUACACACACACACACACACUUUUUAUCUUUUAAAGAUGAAGAGAGAAAACUCGGACCACUAAAACGGGUUCAGUGAGGGUUGAACACCCUUCACACAACACAACGUCAGUGUCUUCGAUGAGAUGUUUUUGUUUUGUUUUUGUCAGAUGUCAUGAUUUUUAUUUGAAUGUGUUUGUUGAGUUUGUUCAGUUGAAAGUUGAAACCCACAAAGGAUAGACGGAUUGUUUCUGUCGGGUCCUUCACUCAUGAAUAAGCUCGGGUCCAGUUAGGAUCCGGGGAACCAGCAGAGUGAGCCAUAUUAAUGUUAAUGCAAACAAAGCUAUAAGCUGUACACAGGGAAUUCACGUACUAAAGCACAAUCAAGACAAAGGGAAACUGUGUUAAUGUCUUAAUUUAUUUAUGAUGGUAACAGGAAGGAAAGAGAUUUGUUGAAUGAACCGGUUUUAUAUGUUUUAUUAGGGUGAAAAGGUAAAUGUCAUAAUAACAUUGUUCACAACCUGAAUCAAGUCCUCUUGAAUUUUGUGGUUUUAAUUUCAUGGAAAUACUUUUGUCUGUGGUCUCGCUGUAAUUGUUUUUACUGUGUUCUCAGAUUUAUUUUGUAAAAGUUUUAAUUAAAAACCAUCUAAAAGCUG